CUGCAUCUUAAUAUAGCACUUUUCCACGUGUACAACCAUGCAUAGGGCUACACUUACACUUAUAUUAUGUUGCAGAGCUCAGAGGUCCCCAACAGCUCUUGGUGUGAGAUGGAGGGGCUCAAGCGCAGCAUUGGCUUGCUGAGGCGGAACGACCUGCAUUUGUCAACCCUCAUCACAGACAGACAUCGCCAGGUUGCCAAAUGGGUGAGAGAAGAGCUGUGCCCUGAAGGGACACAGCAUUAUUUUGAUGUCUGGCACAUUGGGAAAAGUCUGGGGAAGGCCUUGGAUACAGCCUCAAAAGACAGACAGUGUGAACAACUACAGUUGUGGAGGCCAGCCAUAGUAAACCACCUGUACUGGACUGCAGCCUCAACCCCUGAUGGCAAUCCAGGAGUGAUGGAGGCCAAAUGGAGAAGCUUGGUGAAUCACAUUCAGGACAUCCACGACCAUGACACCCCUGCCUUCUCCAGUUGCGCUCAUGCCCCUCUGGAGGGGGAUCAACGAGAUAAAGAGUGGCUGGAACCAGGCUCAAUGGCAGCAGUAAAACUGGAGGGUAUCAUCACAAGGACAUCCUUACUGAAGGAUGUUCGACAGCUGUCUCCGCAGCACCAGACUUACUCCCUUGAAGCCUUCCACUCCCUGAUCCUGCACUUCGCACCCAAGCACACUGGGUUUUCAUACCAGGGCAUGUAUAGCAGGCUUCUCUUAGCGGCGCUGCAUUACAACCAUAAUGCGAACAGAGAGACCGCACGAAGAAGCGAUGGUUUGGAGAGGUAUAGCGUGCGAUAUCCACGUUUCAGAAAAGGUGCCUGGGUAGUUGUGCCCAUCAAAGAGAAGGCCUCAUACGGUUAUGCAACGUCAUUAAUCGAGGCUCUUCGGGAGAGCUACAUGGAUUCACCCAAGGCUCUUCAAGAGGUUAGCGCCAAUUUGUCAGCCUGUGCACCCGCCCCCAUCGCCAAAUCCUUCGAACAAAUUCCCAAGGAGGAGGCCGUCAGCCUCUAUCUAGCCCAGCAGUCACGCUACAAAAAAUUGAAUUAGCAUAGUUUUUUUCCCACACAGGCCAAUCAUUUAGUUGUGAGUAUGUAUAAAUGUAUAUAGUAAGUAUAUGUUAUUUUAUUUGGUGGUGGUUUUCUGUAUGCCGCAUGUUUUGUUUUCUCUUUGUGUGCUGUUUAUUGCUUGGGUUUUUUGAUUGUUCCAGGAAGUUUAUUAUAACCUUACAUUUUAACCCCUUGCGCUGACCCUAACAUCUGUCGACUAACAUUAUCUCUUGGUUAUUUUUGGCUGUAACCCAUUCAUUCCUUUAUCAGCAUCACCAUGGUUACCGCCUCACUGCAUGUCGCAUGUUUUGUUUUUAUUACUUGGGUUUUUUACUUAGUUGUGUGCACAAAUCAUUCCAUUACAGCUCCAUUUGCCCCAUAAUUCAUAAAAAGUAAGAAUUGUAAGAAUCCGAAAGGGACCUCUGUGUGCGCUUUUCUCUUGGAUCACUAUGCGUCUGCUCUAUGUGAUAUCAUUGCAUGUAUGUGUCCGUGAGUGAGUGAGAGAAUGUGC